CCGGACCCAAGUCUGCAGCGGCGCCAUUGGCGUGUGGAAAAUGCCACCAGAUGGCGGGUUAGGAUUGCAGCUCCGUUGAAGGCGCGGCCCCCGCUCCCGAACCCCCGGCGACCACCCCGUAACAACCCCCCCACAUCGGGAAUAACACACCGGAGACUUUUGGGGGGAAACUAGGUCGACGGCCGGCGGCGCCCGUAUGGGCAGCUGAGGAUUGCCAUUGAGGUUGUUUUAAAAGUUUUGAGUUAUAUAGCACUUGAUGCUACUGCUCCAUUGUGGAAAAACCUCUCCAGCAAUGAUUACUUCAGAGAUACCAGUGUUACAGGAUUCAACUAAUGAAGCUACUGCCCAUUCAGAUGCUGGGAGUGAACUUGAAGAAACAGAGGUCAAAGGAAAAAGAAAAAGGGGUCGUCCUGGUCGGCCUCCAUCUACAAAUAAGAAACCGCGGAAAUCACCAGGAGAGAAGAGUAGAAUUGAAGCUGGAAUUAGAGGAACAGGCCGUGGAAGAGCUAAUGGGCAUCCUCAACAGAAUGGUGAAGGGGAGCCUGUCACAUUAUUUGAAGUGGUGAAACUGGGGAAAAGUGCAAUGCAGUCCGUGGUUGAUGACUGGAUUGAAUCAUAUAAGCAAGACAGGGACAUCGCACUUCUGGAUUUAAUCAACUUUUUUAUCCAGUGUUCAGGAUGUCGAGGUACUGUGAGAAUAGAGAUGUUUCGAAAUAUGCAGAAUGCAGAAAUCAUCAGAAAAAUGACUGAAGAGUUUGAUGAGGACAGUGGUGAUUAUCCUCUUACCAUGCCUGGACCUCAAUGGAAAAAAUUUCGUUCAAACUUUUGUGAAUUUAUUGGAGUCCUAAUUCGGCAGUGUCAGUACAGCAUAAUUUAUGAUGAGUAUAUGAUGGACACAGUAAUCUCCCUUUUGACUGGUUUGUCAGACUCCCAGGUCAGAGCUUUUAGGCAUACAAGUACCCUUGCUGCCAUGAAGCUCAUGACUGCUUUGGUGAAUGUUGCCUUAAACCUCAGUAUUCAUCAGGAUAAUACACAGCGGCAGUAUGAAGCUGAGAGAAAUAAAAUGAUUGGGAAGAGAGCCAAUGAAAGGUUAGAGUUACUACUUCAGAAACGCAAAGAGCUACAAGAAAAUCAAGAUGAAAUUGAAAAUAUGAUGAACUCUAUUUUUAAGGGUAUAUUUGUUCAUAGAUACCGUGAUGCUAUUGCUGAGAUUAGAGCCAUUUGUAUUGAAGAAAUUGGAGUAUGGAUGAAAAUGUAUAGUGAUGCCUUCCUAAAUGACAGUUACCUAAAAUAUGUUGGCUGGACUCUUCAUGACAGACAAGGAGAAGUCAGGCUGAAGUGUUUGAAAGCUCUACAGAGUCUAUAUACUAAUAGAGAAUUAUUCCCCAAAUUGGAGCUAUUCACUAACCGUUUCAAGGAUCGCAUUGUAUCAAUGACGCUUGAUAAGGAAUAUGAUGUUGCUGUGGAGGCUAUUCGAUUGGUCACUCUGAUACUUCAUGGAAGUGAGGAAGCACUUUCCAAUGAAGAUUGUGAAAAUGUUUACCACCUGGUUUACUCUGCACAUCGCCCUGUUGCUGUAGCAGCUGGAGAAUUCCUUCACAAAAAACUAUUUAGCAGACAUGACCCACAAGCAGAAGAAGCAUUAGCAAAGAGGAGGGGAAGGAACAGUCCCAAUGGGAACCUCAUUAGGAUGCUGGUUCUUUUCUUUCUUGAAAGUGAGUUACAUGAACAUGCAGCCUACUUGGUGGACAGUUUGUGGGAGAGUUCUCAAGAACUGUUGAAAGACUGGGAAUGUAUGACAGAGUUGCUACUAGAAGAACCUGUUCAAGGAGAGGAAGCAAUGUCUGACCGUCAAGAGAGUGCUCUUAUAGAACUAAUGGUUUGUACAAUUCGUCAGGCUGCUGAGGCACAUCCUCCAGUGGGAAGAGGCACCGGCAAGAGAGUGCUAACUGCCAAAGAAAGGAAAACUCAAAUUGAUGAUAGAAACAAAUUGACUGAACAUUUUAUCAUCACACUUCCUAUGUUGCUAUCAAAGUAUUCUGCAGAUGCAGAGAAAGUAGCAAACCUGCUACAAAUCCCACAGUAUUUUGAUCUAGAAAUUUAUAGCACAGGUAGAAUGGAAAAGCAUCUGGAUGCUUUAUUAAAACAAAUUAAGUUUGUUGUGGAGAAACAUGUAGAAUCAGAUGUUUUAGAAGCCUGCAGUAAAACCUAUAGCAUCUUGUGCAGUGAAGAAUACACCAUCCAAAACAGAGUUGACAUAGCUCGAAGCCAGCUGAUUGAUGAGUUUGUAGAUCGAUUCAAUCAUUCUGUGGAAGACCUACUACAAGAGGGAGAAGAAGCUGAUGAUGAUGAUAUUUACAAUGUUCUUUCUACAUUAAAGCGGUUAACUUCUUUUCAUAAUGCUCAUGAUCUCACAAAAUGGGAUCUGUUUGGUAAUUGCUAUAGAUUAUUGAAGACUGGAAUUGAACAUGGAGCUAUGCCAGAGCAGAUAGUCGUACAGGCACUGCAGUGUUCCCAUUAUUCAAUUCUUUGGCAGUUGGUGAAAAUUACUGACGGUUCUCCUUCCAAAGAGGAUUUGUUGGUAUUGAGGAAAACAGUAAAAUCCUUUCUGGCUGUUUGCCAGCAGUGCCUGUCUAAUGUUAAUACUCCAGUAAAGGAACAGGCUUUCAUGUUACUCUGUGAUCUUUUAAUGAUUUUUAGCCACCAGUUAAUGACAGGUGGCAGGGAGGGCCUUCAGCCUUUGGUGUUUAAUCCAGAUACUGGACUCCAGUCUGAACUCCUCAGUUUUGUGAUGGAUCACGUUUUCAUUGACCAAGAUGAGGAGAACCAAAGCAUGGAGGGUGAUGAGGAAGAUGAAGCUAAUAAAAUCGAGGCCUUACAUAAAAGAAGGAAUCUACUUGCUGCUUUCAGCAAACUUAUCAUUUAUGAUAUUGUUGAUAUGCAUGCAGCUGCAGAUAUCUUUAAACACUACAUGAAGUAUUACAAUGACUACGGUGAUAUUAUUAAAGAAACACUGAGUAAAACCAGGCAGAUUGAUAAAAUUCAGUGUGCCAAGACCCUCAUUCUCAGUUUACAGCAGUUGUUUAAUGAACUUGUGCAAGAGCAAGGUCCCAACCUGGAUAGGACAUCUGCCCAUGUUAGUGGUAUUAAGGAAUUGGCACGUCGGUUUGCCCUUACAUUUGGACUGGACCAGAUCAAGACACGAGAAGCAGUUGCUACACUUCACAAGGAUGGCAUUGAAUUCGCCUUUAAAUACCAAAAUCAAAAAGGACAAGAAUAUCCACCUCCUAACCUGGCUUUCCUGGAAGUACUAAGUGAAUUUUCUUCUAAGCUUCUUCGACAGGACAAAAAGACUGUUCACUCAUACCUAGAAAAAUUCCUUACGGAGCAGAUGAUGGAAAGGAGAGAAGAUGUAUGGCUUCCCCUCAUCUCCUAUAGAAAUUCUUUAGUAACUGGAGGUGAAGAUGACAGAAUGUCUGUGAACAGUGGAAGUAGCAGCAGCAAAACAUCCUCAGUAAGGAAUAAGAAAGGACGACCCCCACUGCACAAAAAACGAGUAGAAGAUGAAAGUCUGGAUAACACAUGGCUAAAUAGGACUGACACUAUGAUUCAGACUCCUGGCCCCCUGCCAGCACCACAGCUCACUUCCACUGUACUGCGAGAGAAUAGUCGGCCCAUGGGAGAACAGAUUCAGGAACCUGAGUCUGAACAUGGUUCUGAACCCGACUUUUUACACAAUCCUCAGAUGCAGAUCUCUUGGUUAGGCCAACCAAAAUUAGAAGAUUUAAAUCGGAAGGACAGAACAGGAAUGAACUACAUGAAAGUGAGAACUGGAGUAAGGCAUGCUGUUCGGGGCCUAAUGGAGGAAGAUGCUGAGCCCAUUUUUGAAGAUGUGAUGAUGUCAUCCCGGAGCCAGUUAGAAGAUAUGAAUGAAGAAUUUGAGGACACCAUGGUUAUUGAUCUGCCCCCAUCAAGAAAUCGGCGUGAGAGAGCUGAGCUAAGGCCAGAUUUCUUUGAUUCUGCAGCUAUCAUAGAAGACGAUUCAGGAUUUGGAAUGCCUAUGUUCUGAAGCCUGAAGAAAAUUUACAAAUCUGGAACUCUAUUAUUUAGAGCUAGAGGCCUAUAUACUGUGAUAGCUUGUGUGGGGGAAAAAAAAACACUUUUGAUGUGAUCUGAUUUGUUAUCAAAUGAUUGAGGGUCAAUCCCUUUUUGCAGUGACAGAAGAGGAGCAUGUAAAUUACCCAAGGAAAUAUUGGUGAAUGUCACCUCAGAAAGACUGACCUGAAAAAUCAUUUGUGUCCUAACAUUGGACUUAUCCCAAUACAGAUGUGUGUGUUUUUCUGGAGGGAGGAAGAAAUUUUAAAUUUUUAAAACAGCUGUCAAGAUAAACACUGUUAUACACCUGUUUUAUGAAAACUCAGCAUUGAGUAAAAAAAAAAAAAGUAUUUUUAACUUUAUUUUCCUGUUGUACAAUUUAAAAACUGUUUUAACAUUUUGCCUUUUUAUGUUUUAAAAGCUAACCAUUUUUAUUAAACCUAUGAGUAAGCAGCUCAUCCUAAUUGCCGACGAGUGUUUUGGAGCUCACUGGAUUUGGUUGACCUUGUGGAACACAGAAAUGUGGGGGAGCAGAAUAUUGACAAGCUAAAAUGAAAUUCUGACAGUGCAUCUCUGCCAAAAACCGCACACCCUCUGUGGAUAUGGAUUCCCAGAUUUUAUAUACUCUUGAAUAAAAAGGUUUAUUUUUAUUUAUAAGGGGGCAUAAAAUAAGAAAUGUCCACACAGCCAUUUUUCCAACAGAUGCUGUACACGUUCAUUUUAUAUAGAAUAGGGAGAUUCAAAUACAGUACAUUUUCUAUUGGUAUUUGUUCUGUGCAUUUUUAGCAACUUCUACCAGCAAAUAAAGUAUUCUCAGUAAAACAAAAAUGGUUCUCAAGUUAUCAGUUUGCUGUUUUUAUCACUUAUUUCAUGCCCUGAUAAAUUCAAGUUACAUUGACUUCAAUUUUCUUAAACAGGUAAUCAUGAGGAACUCCUUUGCCAUCUAAAAGUAAUUUUACGUGUAACAUUACUGUGUCUACUUCCCAUGCACUUAUUACCCUUAAUGCGCUGAUUUUGUGAGUUACGUUUACCAAUGAUAGAAGUAUGUGCUACAUAGAAGUCUGUGCUUAGAGGGUGAAGUUCAAGCUUACCUUGAAAUACAGCUACAUUUCAGUGUUAAAUGUGCAUAUUAAAAAUAAGUCUUUUGGGGAAAGAAAUUAUGAAUCUUCAGGACAGCCAUCAAUGGUUUAGAGUUACAUUCUGCUUAGACUUUUAUGACUUGCUGCUAUUGUUCUUUUUCAAAGUCCACUUAGUUUCCUUCUGAUUUUUAAAGCCAGCUUCAGAAUUUCCCAACAAUUCAUCCACAGCUGUUUCUGGGCAGGUUUUUUAAAGAAGCUGCAACAGAAGCAUGAGGCUUUCCUUUUAUACCAAAAAUGACAGGCAUUUUUUUAAAAAAUCUGUGUACCCAAGUGGAUUCUCUUUUGUGCAGGAAAGCAAAAUUUUAUUCUUCCUUUUAGUAAACAAACACAAAACAGAUUCUUCUCAACACUUAGUUCUGAAAAAUGUUGGUCACCAAAAAUCAAUUUAGUGAUUCCUGGGCUCCAGUUAGGAGGCUGGGGUCUCAAUUUCUUCAAGAAAUGUGGGCUUCAUGGAAGUGAAGGGCAGAAAUGGCUAGACUGGCCACCACACCAGCCCUGCCUGCCUGUGGUUCUGGCAAGAGAGCAAAACAGGAAAUACCCUGUCACAUGCACAGAUUGAUCCUUUGCUUGACAGUCUCGUGGAAAACAGAUGCUGACUUAGAAUUGUAGACUACCAUGCCACAAAAAAAGGCUUACUAUCUACUCCAAUGGGUUUCCAAUUCAGUUUGAAGUCAAUCAAAUUUUUGUAUUUUCAGUGUCUCCUUGAUUGGUUUUGCUAGUAAUUCUGUAAAUUGUACAUUUGCAAUAUGAGGUUUUUUUUUCCUUUUGUACAAUUUGAAACUGAUGCUUCACCUUUCCUUUAAUAAACUAUUCAAAAUCAGGUUUGUGGUAGUCAUCCUAUUGUUCCUAAUAGGUAAAGCCUUAAAGAUGAUUUUCUGCUCUAAGCUUGUUAAAUGAUGGCAGGGAGUUUUUUGUUUGUUUUUAGAAAAAAUUAAGACAAGUGCAUUAAAUUUUCUUUCAUCUCUUGGAGAAAGAUAGACCAAGCAGUCUGUGGUUCAAGACAAAGUCUGUUGCAGGCUGAGUUUGGAGGCAUUAAGGACUAUCCACUAGUUUGUAUCUUUCUGCUGCCUGAACUUCAGUCCCUGGGCUUAUAUCAUGGUUUUACCCCUAGUAGAGUCCCUUUAAAGAUUGCCUGCAUUAUACAUGGCCAACACAAGAGUUUCUCUCAUAAAAAGACCUACGCUUCAUGAGCCUGGCCAUCUUCUGUCGGCUGUGAUCAUUAGGUGGCUUAAGAAGUCCAUGCAAAAAAGGCAGAGAUGCAGAGGCUAAAUCAUCAGGUGAGUUCUCUUGGCACCUAAGGCAGAAAGGCAUGAGGCGGAUCUGCAUCUGGCAGAUUAUCUUACAGGUCUUUGAGACUAAGGCUUUACCCAUGUGUGACUACCUUGGGACAAACUUCCUAGCUGUGACUUGACUGCAACUUUCUUUCUGGCCUACUCCCAGAAAGAACUCAUCAUUGUCUUCAUGAGAAACAGGUCUAGCACUUACUCAGACUUCCCAUGUAAGACUAAAGUUGGGUAAGAGCCCACUCUUGCCCUCCUGCAUGCUUUGCUCUGUAGGGUCUCUUCUCAGGCAUCAUUUUGAAGAGCAGCUUUGUUCUCAAGGACAUAUAAAGGAGGUAUUUCUCACCAUUCAGAACAGUAGGAACAUGCUCCAACUCUGGCACUAUAGCUCUCCAAAUGUCUUUUCAACCAGGACAUAAAACACAUUUACUAAACCUCCAACAUCAAGAGUGUUAACUGAGCAUACAGUUGAGUGUCCUUCAUAGGCUUCGCUAACUGGGCAGACUGCAUUUGAAGCACCAAUACCAAUAAAAAGCAUCAGUGCAUUGAAAAGCACAGUACUGGAGUGGUAAGAUCAAGACCUAGGAAGAAGAAAAGCUGGUAAAACUUGGCAAACAAGCCCUGGAAUACUACAUUGUGAGUAUGCACCUCAUUUCUCUAGCAACUCAAAGACAGUAACUUGCCACCGUGUAUGUGGUAGUAAAACUUUACAAAUUUAGUAGCUUUGGGUUCUUGGAGAUACAGUUCCAGAGGAACAGACCACCACCUCUCUCACCCUAUCUCUUAGGAAUUCAUCCCAACUUGAGUUGGCAGUAGCAGUCUUGAAUAGUUAGAUGACAGACCUUCAAACAGACCUUGCAGGUUUAAGUUCUAGCUUCACCACUCAUUAGCUGGAUCACUCGGUAUAAAUUAGCUUGCUUAUAAUCCAAGGCAGAGGCAGGUCCAGCAAGACCCUGAGAGUGCUGCUUACCUCCAUCACAACUAAUCAUAUCCGCUCAAAUCUACAGACACACCAUUUCCUCAGCUUAAGAAUCUCUGGUUAUGAGAUGGAACGUUUUCUCCUUUCCUUUAUGGUAAGGUCACCAGACUUAGGAAAGGCCUUACCAAGAAGCCACCGAGAAUGGUCUGCUAUUAUCCUUAAAACAUUCUGUGGCUAAUGUACUUGACAAAACUUACAGUUCUGCAGCUUCACUUUUCUUUAACCACCAACUUGGUUUUUGGAUAGAUUUCUCCAUCAUCUCCAAGGUUUCCCAGAAGCCUCUUGUCAGGUGCUUUAUUGAGCUUAAUUCUUCCACAUCUUACAGCAUGUCCAGACACAGCCCCUCUCAAGUGACCAUAUUUCACAAACUAGUAAAACACUUCAUAAAUCCCUUCCUCAAAAACAAAACAUGUCUUCAUGUGUACUAUAGCAGAGUCACCCCCCACCCCCCGCCCCAACAGUCGAAUCUAAAUUGGCUGACCCAAAUAGUGGACUGGCUGGGCAAUUUUAAGCUGUUACGCCACAUUCUAAACAAACUGCCAGGGUCUCUGAAAGCCUAGUAGUCUGGUGCUACCUCCCCCAGUUUCCAAUAGCUUACAGUCUCUGUUGGUUCUGAAUUAGGUGUCAAACAGGAGUACAAAGGAGCUCAUAGGAAGUUAUAAACUAAUUAGGAAAAACGUAAAAGCCUCCCCCCCCCCACCCCUGAUGUUAAAUUGAAGAAAAACAAACCAGAGACAGCUACUCAGAGCAAGAUGAGUUCCAAGGAUGUGGUAGCAAAACUGGGCUCAGAAAACUAAGCAAGCAAAAGAAAGAAAAUUAAGAUAUCUUACACAGGCUAAAGACUUUGGAGAGUGGGACAGUAUUCACUAUGGUGCUAGAGCACAGGGAUGCAACAAAAUGGAAUGAAGUCUAUUAGAACAAGAUAACUUGGCAUAAGAGGAGGUCGGAGAAACCAUUGGAGAGUUAUAUAAACAUUCACAGUCCAACUGGAAGUCCCAUUUUUCAACUAGAGAAGAAGACAGACAAGAGGACUCAGAGCAAAUUCCAAAGGCAUAAUCCUCAGAAAUGGCUGGGUAGCUGUUGGGUAAAAUAGGUAAUAGUCACACACUGGUUUAGGUCAAAUUCAGCUUGACAUGUUGCAACCUCCAGUCAGUGUGAGCUAAGGGUCUGAAGAAAAAGUCAGGGAAGGCAAAGCCUGAAAGAAAAAUAACCAGUUAUACCCAAGACCCCAGCAGACACCUGCCAGAGCUGAUAAAACCAGGGAGAAGGAGGAGUCAAAAAUCACUCAGAAGCCAAAGGCAGUCCUUUACCCAACUACAGGCAGGCUGAUGGAGAAGUUACAAAGGGGAAGGCAGACCUCUCCCUCCACCAUUAAUCCACCACCCUGGGAGUGCCUGCACAGCAAACCCCAGGAAGAGACCGAGCAGUCUCCAGCCCCCCAUUUAAGUGAGCAGCUCCUCGCUGUUCCUUGCAGCUGUCCCCUAUUUUCUGCUGGCCUCGGCCUCCCCUUAGGUGUGCUUACAUUUUGUCUCUAAAAAACAACUUUGUUUUUCCUUCAUCUAAAAACAUGGCUUUGAAUGCUUAGGUGGCCACAGUCAAGGGCCAAGGAAUCCACAAACACAGAAGCAUCUAGAAUCCCCAGAAAGCUGGAAACACAAGGCUCGCAAUACA